AUGAUUGUUGGAACUGAAAAUAAGAGUUCACAGGUAUUAAUAGCUUCCAGCGGAGUCACCACGAGCAUUGCCAGCUCAGCAAAUGAAGCCCCCCAAUUCCUUGGCAAGGUAGGAGACUGGUUCUGGGGACUCUACCACUUUGCCACUGAUAGGAAUGAUUUCCAGAGGAUCUUGAUCCUCAGUUUGGGUCUCUUUGCUGCUGGUUUUUGGCUAACCAGGAACUUGAGUGACAAUGACCUAAUGACACUUCAACCAAGGGUCUAG